AUGGCACCAUUCAAAUGUCCAGCUUGCAAGACAAUUCUGAAGAACAACAACUCUCGCUCAAUCACCCAACACAAUCACCAGUGCAAAAACAAGAAAAAAGCGGACAACAUCCUUUUGCAAGGCAUCAAAGGACUUCAUGUGAAGCUUGACAAGACCAAGAAGAAAAAGGAGAGGAGAGAUGAAGACAAAGGGGGAGGAGAAUCCAGUAGACAACCCAUGGAUGAGGAUGUUUCCAUGUUAGAUAUAGACACAGAUGUUCCACUAGCACCAUCACAAAUCGAUUUGCUUCCUCUGGAGAACAAUGAAGUCCCUAGUGGUCAUCCACGAUUACUCGCAGCUCAACCUUUUGUCAUGACCUAUGCACCAAUGGACCCCCACUCCGCCACCAGAUGUAUUCCCACAAUCUCCCUCUCCACCUCCACGAUGACCUCUCACACCUACAACACCAACAAUCCAACAGCAAACCAGUCUCGCCCCCUGCACUCUGUCUUUGGGCCUGGAAAUCCAUCGUCUUCAAACACUUGGGCUCCAUUUUCCAAUCCUACCAUCUUCCGCCUACUCAAAUGGUAUUACGACUCAGAUAAGAAGACCCUGGAAGAUCUUGACAGGCUUGUAUAUGAUGUUAUACUGCAGCCUGGUUUUUGCAUUGGGCAUUGCAAGGAUUUUAGUGCUGCUAGAGAAGCCCGAUGUCUUGAUAAGCCUGAUGCUUUUAGUAGCGAUGUGUGGAGGCAGGAUAGCAUGCAGAUUUCCCUUCCACAGAAGGACUUUGCUUGGGAGUCUGAGGCCAAUGCACCAGUUAUCGAGAUCAAUGGUGUAUGGCACCGCUCGCUUACUGAGGUGCUCGCGAGUGCAUUCCAGGAUCCUUCAGCAUCAGGAUAUCACCUCAAGGGUUUCAAAGAGAUGUGGCGGCCGGACAAGGAUUCACCAGCGGAGAGAAUUUACGGUGAGGCAUAUACCUCACCCAUAUACCUUGAGAUGGAGGAGAAGGUCCGCAAAGCCCAGGCUGAGCUGGAUGCAGAGAUGGCAUCUCUGCCUGAUGCCAGCCCUGUUGAUGCAGUCGAUUCUCAUACUCCUACACCAGCUUUGCACCCAUCAGAUCAAAGGUUGUCCUCGGGUAGGAUGUCUGUAGAUUCAUCAAUGAUGCCAAGCUCCUCUCGCUCCUCAUCAUCAGCACCAUCUGAUUCUUCGACUUCCAUUCUGGGUCCAACACAAUCUUCGAAGCCCCAAGGCCCAUUGGAGAAUGUUGUUGUUCCAAUCAUGGUUUAUUCUGAUUCAACUCACCUCACCAACUUUGGAGAUGCAUCGCUCUGGCCUGGCUACUUUUUUAUCGGACUUCUCUCAAAGUAUAUCAGCGCAAUUCCUGAUGCUUAUGCAGCACACCAUUUUGUUUACAUGCCAGAGUUGCCGGAUAUUAUUCAAGACGCAUAUAAGGCAGAAUUUGGGGAGCCAGCAUCAAAUGCAAUGUUAACACAUCUUAAAAGAGAGUUGAUGCAGGCUGUAUGGUGCUUGCUCCUUGAUGACAAGUUUAAGGAGGCAUACCGACAUGGCCUCAUGGUACAGUACUAUCCUGAAAAGGUCUUAAUGGCAUGCCUUAAAACCAUGGGAACAUGUCUCUGUCCUAGAUGCCUUGUUCAGAAGUCAGAGGUUGAACAGAUGGGAACAGUCAAUGACAUGAAACAAAGACUUGUGAAAGCCCGAGUAGACAGCCAUUCAAGGUGCUGGCAAGUUGAAGAAGCACAGAGGACUAUAUUCUUGAAGGGGAAGGCCAUAAAUAGCACUCAUGUAGAUGCCUUUUUAAAGGAUGACUCCUUAAUACUGACAAGGAGUGCUUUCUCUGAGUUCUUUCAAGAUACAGAUCUCGAUUUUAAUUUUUAUAUCCUCUUUGUCAUUGAUUUAAUGCACAAAUUUGAACUUGGCAUCUUCAAGGCACUUUUCAUCCAUCUUAUUCGGAUUUGCUAUGCCAUCAGAGCUCAUGUGGUGCAGAUACUGAAUGAGCAAUUCUGUCAGGUACCAAAAUUUGGAUGCUAUACAAUCCACAAGUUCACAAAGGAUGUCUCAGGGUUGAAGCAGAUGGCUGCUCAUGACUUUGAAGAUCUCCUUCAAUGCACGCUGCCCUGUUUUGAGGGCCUCUUCCUGACAUCAGCAGAUAAUAAGAUUGUCCAAGAUCUUUUGUUCAUCCUCAGAGCUUGGCAUGGGUUUGCAAAGCUGCAUAUGCAUACCGAUACUAGUCUCAAGGUAUUUAGUGGUGUGACUAAGGAGGUGGGUCACCUUCUUCAUCACUUUGCGAAUACAGUCUGCAACAACUUCAACACUGAAGAAACACCAACAGAAGCAGCAGCACGUGUUCGUCGAGAGGAGAGAGCAUUUGCAAAGGCAAAGAAGGAGGGUAAAACGCCUGCAGGAAAGCAAAAAAAGCGAACUAAAACCAAGAAGAAGUUCAAUCUCUCAACAUACAAGCUACAUGCGCUUGGUGACUAUCCCUGGACCAUCUGGAAUUUUGGCAUGACUGAUUCUUACAGUACACAGAGAGGCGAGAUGGAGCACAAAUGGGUCAAGCGUCUUUAUGGGCGCAUGAACAAGCACAACUUUGUUGGUCAAAUUGCCACUCACGAGUCACACCAGAGGUGUCUACGCUCAAUUCAUCAAUGCCAGCUUCUAGGAUCCAAGCCAUGGCAACAUUGGGAGCCAUUACCCUUUACUGACCCAAGCGAGCACUACUAUAUUUCCAGCUCUUCCCGUUCUCCAGUGGAUAUUGCAACAUUCAUUCACAAUGAUAAAAAUGACCUCACUGUUAAGGACUUUGUUCCAAAGCUGAAGAACCAUAUCCUUGCAUGGAUGGGACCUGAAGACCUUGUCCAUACCUCUGAGUCCUUCACGACUGCUGACCGUCAACAAAUCAUCAUUGUCGGGGAACACAUGUCCGGAUUUAGAGCAAAACGAUUGCACCGAGUUGGAUUCCUUGAUGCCGAAGAAGAUGAUGGUGCUUUUGGCUUUAUUGAUCCUGGGCAUGUCCUGCAUGCAGUAUAUCUUCUUCCAACUUUUUCACUGGGAACAAUGGAUAUGUGUCUGGCAGGAGCCUCAAUUGCAUGUCGUCCAGAUGAGUAUGAUGAAGAUUAUGAAAGAUACUAUGUAAAUUUCUUUGUUGACUGUGACAUGCUUAUGCGGUAUGUUGGUGGUGCAGUUGGCCAUCGAAGCACGAUGGAGGCAACAAAAGGGCUAUUGACCUUAGUAAAGGAAGCAUUUGGUGUCAUUGAUGAUGUGUCUGUUGAGGAUCAUCUGGUUUGGGAAAGCAGAAGCAAAGACUCGGAGCUGUAUGAAGAUCAUAACCAUGAAGACUUGGAAUCUGAAGGAGACAACCACAAUGAGGAAGAGGAGGAAGAAGAGGAGGAAGAAGAGGAGGAAGAGGAAGAGGAGGAAGAUGCAGAGGAUGAGGAUGAGGAUGAUCAGAGUGGAUGCGGAGAGCCAGAGGAGGAUGAUGAUGAUGAUCUACCAGAGGAUCCUCGUGAGGAGCUGGGAUUUAGUACAUUCUAG